AUGACCAUUCAAACCUGGCAAGAAAAAGCCCACAAAAAGCAAACCACCGCCCUCUCCAAAAUCCCCCCAGAAUGGCGUCUCCCACCCUCAAUCCAAACCCUCCUCACCAACAACCCAAAUCUAAACUGCCUCGACAUUCCAGCGAAAAGCAACCUCCUCACACCCCGCGAGCUCGAAAUCACCAACACCGGAGACGCAACAGCCCUCCUCGCCAAGAUCUCUAAGAAGGAAUACACCUCAGCAGAAGUAACAACCGCAUUCAGCAAACGCGCCGCAAUAGCCCAACAACUAACCAACUGUCUCACGGAGACAUUCUUCGAUGAGGCUUUCGCCCGCGCGAAACAGUUAGAUGAGCAUCUCGCCACGACCGGCAAAACAAUCGGUCCUCUACAUGGUCUACCAAUAAGUUUAAAAGAUUCGUUUAAUGUAGCUGGUAUCCCGUCGACGUUGGGGUUCGUUUCCUUCCUAGAUAGACCAGUCCCAACUAGCAACUCUGCGCUCGUCAAUAUCCUACUCGCUGCUGGUGCGGUGGUAUACGUCAAGACUAAUAUCCCGCAGACUUUAAUGACAGCCGAGUCGCAUAAUAAUAUCUUCGGCAGAGUUUUAAACCCCUACCGGAUCAAUCUGGCAGCCGGUGGUAGUUCCGGUGGAGAAGGUGCGCUAGUUGCGCUCAGAGGAUCGCUAUUAGGUGUUGGAACUGACAUCGGGGGCUCAAUUCGUAUCCCUGCCCUAUGUUGCGGGGUUUUUGGGUUUAAACCCAGUGGAGGGAGGGUUCCUUAUGCCGGACAGACGAGUGCAGCUAGACCCGGACUCACCGGGAUAGCACCUGUAGCUGGACCGUUGUGUCAUUCGGUUCGCGAUGCGGACUUGUUUUUCAAGGUUAUUGCCGAUUCACAUCCCGAGGACGUGGAUGAUCAGAUCCUUGGUCUUCCGUGGUCGAGUCCUAUUGAGCCGAAGGAAUCAUUGACGAUAGGUCUUCUCCCUGAGGACCCGACAAGGCCGUAUCAUCCCAGUAUACUACGCACCAUUUCAACAGCAGUUGAGAAACUGACUGCAGCCGGCCACAGAAUCAUCGAUCUAAGCGGGAAAUGUCCCUCAAUGAAAGAGUUCAGCGAUAUCGCAAUGCAUUUCUUCCAAAUGGAUCCCGACAGAACACCCCUUGGCCACCUCGCAGCAAGCGACGAACCCUGGGUUCCAUCUUUGAAAUAUACCUAUAAUCCCAACGGAACAGAUCCCGAGCCGACACUGCGACAGCUAUAUGACCUCAAUGUUCAAAAGACAGAUACUUCUGCUACAAUAAGGAAAGUCUUCUUAAAUAACGAGCUCGAUGUGAUACUGGGGCCGGGACAUCAGACUUGUGCGCCUGUGCAUGAUACAUUCGGUUUGCCGAUUUAUACGAUGUUGGCUAAUUUGGUUGAUUAUCCGGCGUGCAUUAUUCCCUUUGGCACUGCGGACGAAGUAGCUGAUGCUGGGUUUGUUCGGGACGUGGGAUAUGUUCCUGAGUAUACUCCUAAAGAUGUCGAAGGGGCUCCGUGCCAUAUCCAGCUUAUUGGGAGAAGAUUGAAAGAUGAGCUACUGAUGCAGCAUACUCAGGUUAUCGAGGGUGUCCUGAAGGGUAAGUGA